GCAGCAAGCAGACGAAGUUCAUCUUCUCGCAGGUCUGGUUUGAGUUUGAAGGACUCAUUUCCGCCUGUGGGGGUGAGUUAUCUUCUUGUGAAAUCAAGUCGUAAGAACAAAAAGGUUUUUACUGGUGUAACACGUGUGUUCUCCCUCAUAUAUACUCAGGAGACCAUGUGGCUAGGUUCCCUCUCUGUCUCUGUGGCCAGCCCCAGUCGGGUGUUACCCUAAGAUUCCACAAUGCUGGGUUCUGAAGAGGGGCUCUGCCUAGGCGGGAGAGCUUGGGGCAGGUACUAGAAGGUAGGCAUGUACAUGUUCAGCAGCCAUCCAUCUUCGGGGGUUCCUCAAGAAUUAUGGUGUGUUCCCAGCACUGAGGCUGAAAAGGAAGAAGAGCUGGAGCAUGGAGUCCCAGGCGUCUGAGAAUGGAAGCCAGACCUCCUCCGGGGUGACAGAUGACUACAGCAGCUGGUACAUCGAGGACCCUCUAGGAGCUGAGGAGGUGCAGCCAGAGGGGGUGAAUCCCCCUUGUCAGCCUACCGCACCCCCUGCCCUGCUUCAUGCCUGCCUGGCUUCACUGUCGCUCCUGGCUCUGCUGCUGCUGGCCUUGGUGGUGAGACGUCGCAGGCUUUGGCCACACUGUGGUCAUCGCAGACCUGGACUGCCCAGCCCUGUGGAUUUCUUGGCUGGGGACAGAUCCUGGACAGUGCCUGCUGCUGUCUUUGUGGUCCUCUUCAGCAAUCUGUGCCUGUUGAUCCCUGAUGAGAACCCACUGCCUUUCCUGAACCUCACUGCAGUAUCCAGUCCAGAUGGAGAGACAGAGACAUCAAGAGGGCCCUGGAAGCUACUGGCUUUGCUCUACUUUCCAGCCCUCUACUACCCUCUGGCUGCUUGUGCUACGGCAGGGCACCAAGCUGCGUACUUACUGGGUACUGUGUUAUCUUGGGCCCACUUUGGUGUUCAGGUCUGGCAGAGAGCAGAGUGUCCUCAGGACCCCAAGAUCUACAAGCACUACUCCUUGCUGGCCUCCCUGCCUCUGCUUCUGGGUCUUGGAUUCCUGAGCCUUUGGUAUCCAGUACAGCUGGUGCAGAGUAUCCGUUACCGGACAGGAGCAGGCUCCCAGGGGCUGCAGACCAGCUACUCCGAGAAGUAUCUGAGAGCCCUCCUAUGUCCAAAGAAGCUGGAUGCCUGCUCCCACCCCGCCUCCAAGCGCAGCGUCCUGUCUCGGGCCUGGGCCUUCUCUCAGGAUUCUAUCUACACUCCGCAGCCAGGAUUCCGCCUGCCCUUGACGCUGGUGAUCUCGGCCACCCUGACAGGAACAGCCACUUACCAGGUGGCCCUGCUGCUGCUGGUGAGCGUGGUACCUACUGUGCAGAAGGUGAGGGCGGGAAUCAACACAGAUGUCUCCUACCUGCUGGCUGGCUUUGGGAUCGUGCUCUCUGAAGACAGGCAGGAGGUGGUGGAACUGGUGAAACAUCACCUAUGGGCUGUGGAAGCAUGUUACAUCUCAGCUCUGGUCUUAUCCUGUUUAUUAACGCUCCUGCUCCUGCUCCGCUCCCUGAGGACACACAGGGCCAAUCUUCAAGCACUACACCGAGGGGCUGCCCUGGACCUGGGCCCCCCUCUUCAGAGUACUCACCCCUCUCGCCAAGCCAUAGUCUGCUGGAUGAGCUUCAGUGCCUAUCAGACGGCCUUCAGCUGCCUUGGGCUCCUGGUGCAGCAGGUCAUCUUCUUCUUGGGGACCACAGCCCUGGCCUUUCUGGUGUUUGUGCCUUUACUCCAUGGUAGGAAUCUCCUGCUCCUACGAUUCCUGGAAUCCACAUGGCCCUUCUGGCUGACUUUGGUCUUGGCUGUAAUCCUGCAGAACAUAGCUGCCAACUGGAUUUUUCUGGAGACUCACCAUGGAUACCCAGAGCUGACCAACCGGCGCAUCCUCUGCGUAGCCACUUUUCUUCUCUUCCCCAUCAACAUGCUGGUGGGAGCCGUAAUGGCUUUCGGGCGGGUGCUCCUCUCUUCCCUCUACAACACUGUUCACCUGGGCCAGAUGGACCUCAGCCUGCUGUCGCAGAGAGCUGCCUCUCUGGAUCCAGGCUAUCACACAUACCGAAACUUCCUGAGGAUUGAGGCCAGCCAAUCACAUCCAGGAGUCAUAGCCUUCUGUGCCCUGCUCCUUCAUAUGCCACGUCCACAGCCCCGGCCCCCAUUGGCUCCCCAGGACAGCCUCAGACCAGCAGAAGAAGAAGAAGGGAUGCAGUUGCUACAGACCAAGGACCUGAUGACCAGGGUAGCAGGACCCAAAGGCAGCCAGAGCAGGGCCCGCUGGGGUCUGGCCUACACAUUGCUACACAACCCAAGUCUGCAGGCCUUCCGGAAGGCAGCCCUUACUAGUGCCAAGGCCAAUGGCACCCAGCCCUGAGGGUGAAGAAAACCACACCACCCUGCUUUUAUGUGCUGAGGCACAUUCCUGUCUUCCAUCCUCCCUCCCAUUCAUGUCAGCAACCCCUCCCCCAGCAGCAGCUCUGCCAGCCAGCCGAUCCCUGUGGGAUCAGGGGACUGGAGUCACUGUGUCUAUACCACCAGCUUCCAGAGGACUUUGGUCUGUGCUUGUCCACCAGGCUACUAGCUAGGGCUCUAGAGAAAACAGCUAGUGGGUUCUUUGUCUUGGAACGGGCAGGCAGGGUGGGCACAUUUAGGCCUCUCCUCCGCACACUGGCUCUGCCGUCCGCUUGCUGGGGCCUCUGUGAGGCCCCUCUUACUCCCUGUUGGAGAUGAAAGGCCUGAGUAGCUCCCAUCCCAGCUGGCCCCACCUCAGCCCCAGCCCUCCCACCAUGAAGGUGGAGCCUGUGUGGGCGUCCUCUCUGACCCAGCUCUCUCCUUCCUCUCUCUUCCUAUCACUCCCGCCCCUUUUUGCGCAGCCAAGUCAGACGCCAAGAGGCCCCGCUGAGCUGCCCACUCCAAAAACCAGAUAUUUUUUGUAGUUUUAAUGCCGUUAGUUGUCAUGAAAGAAGUUAGUGUGCGCUCUGUAAUAAAUGUGCCCCUGAGGGGCGUUCCUCCUCACUGGGGGAGGUCUCUCAGGGGAACCAGCUA